GAAAAAGAAAAUGAAUAGGUGUGGUUAUCAACAAAGUGCCUUUUGUGUUGGUGUUGGAGAGAUGAGACGAGGAGAUAUAUCUGUGUCUGGUGGUCUUGUUUGCCCCAAACCUCGCCGGAGCGGGAUCUGCAAUUCUUCUUAUGUUUAUGCUGCUGAUGAACCUAUCAAACCUUCUUCUCGGUUCCUGCAAAUCAAUAAUCAGCAACCGGAGGCUUGCGAUUUGAAAGCCGGAACUGAACUUCUGGAUAUCAUCCUCUCCAAGGGAAAUUAUGAUGUGGAGACGCCCAAUUUUGAUAUGGCUUCAUCUCCACCUUUCUUUUUCGGGUCUCCACCCAGCAGGGCUUCGAAUCCCCUGAUUCAGGAUUCCCAGUUCAGCAACAACAAUUUUGUUCCUAUACUAGCAAUUCCAGAAGGAGCAGCUACAUCUGCAGCACCUUCUCCACCACAACCCUCCGCAUCCGCUCGUAAGAGCGGAGGAGGCUGCUCCCCGAUGAAGUUCGGGAUCAAGCCAGCGGCUGUGAGGAUUGAAGGCUUCAAUUGCCGCAGCAGCGUCUCUGCUGUAGCUUAGGUAAAAUCCUAACAAGCGAAAAAAAAACCAAAGUCAAUAAAAAUGUGAGAUUUUUGGGAUGAGGUGAGUUACCAAAACGAAUUCGUUCUAGUUUUGUAUAUAUAGAGUGAUAAAAAGAGAGUCAUCAUGAGUUAAUAUUUUCCAAAAACCAUUCAAAUCCUGUUUGUGAAUAUGUUUAUUAGGUGAUGAAUGAGUCUUGUUCAUUUGAUAUCGGAAAAAUAAUACUCGUAGUUUAACCCGAAUAGGAGAGAUAAGUCAAAAGAUUUUGCGCUUUCCUUUCGGAGUAAUUAGGGUUCUUAUUUAGCAUUAGACCAAAGUUUGUAUUGAGUUAUCUAUUAUUAUAGUGUGAAAGAGUCAAAAAGAGAGACUUCUUCUUUGUGACUGAAAAGUUUGUCACUCUUAUAUCCUUCAUUGUAAUUGUAAUCAGAAGGUAAAUAGAAGAUGGUCUUCUUAGACUAGUUCUUUUCA